CGGAGCGGCCGGAGGGCGGUUCCAGGCGGCGGCUCGCCAUGGCCCUGCCCCGCACGCUGGGGGAGCUGCAGCUGUACCGGGUGCUGCAGCGUGCCAACCUGCUGGGCUACUACGAGACCUUCAUCCAGCAAGGGGGGGACGACGUGCAGCAGCUCUGCGAGGCGGGCGAGGAGGAGUUCCUGGAGAUCAUGGCGCUGGUGGGCAUGGCCACCAAGCCCCUCCACGUCCGCCGCCUCCAGAAGGCCCUGCGCGAGUGGGCCUCCAACCCGGGGCUCUUCAGCCAGCCCGUGUCGGCCGUGCCCGUCAGCAGCAUCCCGCUCUUCAAGCUCUCCGAGGCCGGCGGCCCGCUCCAGCCUGGGGGGGUGGGGGGGGUUGGUGGACGGCUCAAAACCCCAAAGCAAGCGCUGACCGUGGGGGUGCGAGGGGGCCGCGUCCCCCUCCGUGGGGGUCCUGGUGUCCCCCCCCUGCCGGGCACCGGGCUGGCACCUCCGCCCCAGCGCCGUUCCCGCUGCCGCCUCCCGCCCCCGCGGUGA